AUGCUCAACUGGUGUGGACAUUUGCAUAUCUAUGAGGAGGAUAAACCAAAAGAGCACGAUCUGAUUCGCUAUGAGAAAUUCUGCACGACCGACGUCAUCAAACGAUUCCACUACUCGGAUAUCAAACUCCAUGGGGAUAUGUCACCGACCUAUGAGGUCAAGUACCAACUCCAUCACAACUGCACACCAGACGUCUUCUGGAGAUGUUUGAUUCCUGAGGAGGCGGUGGAGGUGCCGGUGAAUGGAGAGUGGAAUAAGAACGAAAUUUUGGGGGAGGAAGAAUUUUGUGGUGUACCGGAAGGAGUCAAGGAGGUGAACUUUGAUUUUAGUGAAAAAGGAUAUUUGUCUCGGGGAUUCAAAAUCAACUACCAACUAACACACAACUGCACCAUUGACGACCUCACCCGAUGCAUCAGACCCGACUAUUUUACACAAUUCGACCCGCGUAUACUGUGA